ACUCCGCGAACGGACAUAAUAAAAAUAACCUGCCGCGGACGCGGGUGUGUGUUGAUUUUUCGUUGUGCGGCACAGCGGCAGACAACAUUAUAAGAAUUGCCUGACGCGAUCAGUACCGAUUUUUGACGAUAUAAACAGUGUGAAAUGCCGCCGCGUGUGUUCGUUUAACGUUCGAGUUUUCUAUUACAUAGUAUAUUUGCGGACAGGUGUGCGAGAGAUCGUUCUAUGAAUUGCAAAAAAUAAUAUUAGGAUAAGUCAGUGUUCGGUGUGAAUCGGCGAAGCUCUACAAAUAUAUAGAAGAAGAGGACGACGAUGGCGUCGACGACGACGGCGACUGCGAUGAAAAUCGAUUCGAUCGUCGUGCAGUGAUACACAUCAUAUACACACGCACAUACAAAUACAUAAAACAAUAGCUCGUAAGAUCGACUAGAAUCGAGCUCUGCCAAUCGCGGCGUGUACAGCAACGAUAGAAGACGAUCGUGCCCGGCAGCCCCCCCGAGAUCAUGUACCCGAGCAGUAGAAGCAGUGUUGCAGCCGGUGCUGCUGGCCAACUGGAUUUUUCUAACAUGGCGAGAAAAUCCAUGUGGCUGCUGCUGGCGAUCUGGCUGCAGCUGGCCCUGGCCACGGGUGCGGCCCAGUCGUCGCCCUGUCCCUGGUCGUCCCAGCAGCUGACCGAUCUCGAGAACUCCUGCACCUGCGACUACAAUCUCGCCUACGAGCUGGCCGUCCAGUGCGACUACGUCGAUUUCAAUCAGCUGCUGCAGGCGCUGCGCCGCUACGCCUCGCAGCAGGCGCGCAUCGACAUACUCUACGUGAACAACAGCACGGUGGGCACGCUGCGCAACAACACGUUCCAGGGCCUCAGGGUGGUCAAUCUGCAGCUGUCCGGCUGCAAGAUCAAGACCAUCGAGAACAACGCCUUCGCCGGCCAGGAGAACACCCUGAGGAAUCUCAAUCUGAGGGACAACGAGCUGCACGAGGUGCCGCGUCAGGCUCUGACCAAUCUCAAGAACCUGACCAUCCUCGACCUGUCCAAGAACAAGAUCAAUCGCGUGCCCGAGCACUGCUUCCUCGGCCACAGGCUCAAUACCCUCAAGCUCAUAGGCAACGCCGAGCUGCAACUGGAGACCGCGAGCUUCCGGGGCCUCGAGUCGACCCUGAAGAAUCUCAAUCUGAUGGGCACGCGGCAGCGCAAACUGCCCGAGGCACUGAGAGGUCUCAAGGCGCUGGCCUUCCUCGAUCUGUCGCAGAACAGCAUCAGGGAGCUCGGCGGCAGCAACGCCUUCCAGGGCCUGAACUCGCUCACGGGCCUGAAUCUCGAGCGCAAUCUCAUCCAGUCGAUCGGUCCCGACGCCUUCGCCGGCGUCAGCUCGACCCUCAGCUCGCUCAGCCUGCUCAACAAUCUCAUCCCGGAGUUCCCGACCAGCGCCAUUUCCAUACUGCACGAGCUCAAGGUUCUCGACAUAGGCUUCAAUCUCAUGACGGAGCUGCCGAUCAGGGCGUUCGAGGGCAAUCCGUCGCUCACGCUGCUGGCCAUCGACGGCAAUCCCCUGUCGACGGUGCCGCAGGAGGCCUUCGCCAAGCUGAACGGCACGCUGCGCGGCCUCAGCCUCGGCGGCCGCUUUCUCGUCUGCGACUGCAAGCUGCGCUGGAUCGUCGACUGGAUGAAGUCGCGCGAUCUCCAGGUGACCAGUCGCGAGAGCAAGCCCCAGUUCUGCGGUAGCCCCAAGCAGCUGCACGAUCGAGCCUUCGAUACCAUCAAGCCCGAAGAGAUGACGUGCGACCGACAGUCGGAAAUCGUGGGCAUUGGCACCGUGGAGAGCGUCGAGCCGACCGGAGCCAUACUCGAGGCCAUCGAGAGUCAAAACACGCAACACGCCGCCGGCACCCACAAGCCGAGCACCGUCUCGUCCAGACCGACCAAUUACUACGAGACCACGAGCACGUCUUCGAGCACCAGUAGCAGUUCGAGUACCGUAGUGGCGACUCACAUGCCGACGACCCUGGCCGAGCCGAGCAGCCCCAGCCGGGAAAUAGUCGCGACCAAGCGACCGGGUAACAUCUACGCCACGAGGAACAGUCCGAACAACAACCCGAGGCAUCCACUGGUCCAAGGAUCGCCGUUGUACACCAAGCGCAACCAUCCGGACAUCAGUAUCAAGGACGCGCUGAACCAGGACAGCACUCUCAUCAUCAGGUGGGAGGCAAAUCCCGAGCCGCUUCACUUCAAGGUCGCCUACAGGCUCUUCGGCGAUCCGAUGUUCAAAGUCGGGCCUCAGUUGAACAGCAACGAGAGGGAGUUCAAAAUCAAAAGCGUACCGCCACAUGAAUGUCUGAUAGUCUGCGUCAUCGACUCGGCCGACAUCGCGCAACCGACUCCUGCCAACGUUCCCUUCAGUCAGUGCCGCGAGGUGCGCACCGACGGCCCCGCCACGUCCAACAUGGACAAGAUCACGAUCGCGGCCUCGGCCUCGAUCUGCCUGACCAUCCUCGCGGCGAUACUCAUCUUCUUCCUGAUCAGUCGGCGCAGGCGACACGCCAGCUCGCGCAAGCUGCACACGCUGCAGGAGCCGGGCAAGCUGCCGAUCGCCGGACUUCCGGUCAACUGCUGCUCGAGUUUGGUGGGACCCACGCCGAGCCCGGGCGGCGGUAUGGGCGCGCCCCUGCCCGGCAUCCAGGGCACUUUAUCGGCCUACAGCGUGCAGAAGGAGUGGGACCAGCUGUCGGCCUACAGCACCAGGAGCCGGAACAACAUACCGAGGCCGAAGAUGUUCCCCGUGGAGAGGAACGGAUCGGUGACGAGGGCGUCCUGCUUGGACGACGGCGGACCGCCGGGGGGACCGUCAUCCAUGAACGGCCAUCCGAGAGGUCAUUACUAUCCCGGCGCGACGCUCGGAUCGAGUCUGGCUGGAUUGGGUAGUCGACAAGACCUACGUCACUCGAGGCAGUCGCUGGCCUCGCGCAACGGCGGCGGCUGUCCCUAUCCGGGCGGCCCGGGCAGCCAGAGCAGCGCCCGACGCCAGAGGCCGAGAUCGAGGACCAACAACAAUCAACACCAUCAACAGCAGCAGCAGCAGCACCUGCCCAGGCCCGGCAGCCGUUACAGCCUGGCCGAGUCGACGCACACGCUGAAUCGCGACUACGAGGAGAGCAACUGGACGGAUCACGACAUGGACAUUUACAUGGCGAGGAACCCGACCACCAGAGGUGGACUCGUGCCGCUCUGAUACCACUGCCAACGAUGAAAAAAGCACAAACUCUCGAUGGCAUGUCGUAGCUCUGCGUGAAAUAGGAAUUCGUUUUUUUUUCGUAUAAUCUCGCUCGUUCGUUCGUCGAGCUGCGCGACGAUUACCCUCCUCCUCUAUUCGUAAUCUUCGCUUUUUCCAUUGAUACAGGUCGAUGGAGAUUUCACGAUGCGAAGGUAUCAGGACUAAAGUUUAGAUUUGUUGUUAUUUAAUAAACUUCGGUUAGACUAUAGUUAGCAAUGACCGGCUCCAGUGUAACGCAAAGUUGUGUAUAUUGCGCGCGCCCCAAUUUCGGGUGGGUACAUAUCAUACAAAAGUGCAAUAUUUUCAUGUAAUAAUAACUCAGCAAUUGUUAUUGUCAAUUAAAUCAUAGGUAUAUGUUUAAGAUAAAACGGACUCGCGCGCUUAUUACGUAACAAAUAAGUCAAUUUUAUUGUAAUACUUAGCAUUAAAAACGUUUGUACGAAGUUUCCCGAAAGAACAAAAACAGAAAAAGCAAUUGAUUUUUCUUCGAAACGUAAUAUUUCCAAAGCACCGAUUGUCUCCUCGUAUCCCCCUCAAACUUUCUGGUAAUUUGUAUGCUCGUUGGUUUUUUGCUCUCUUUUUUUUCGGAUUUAAAGUAGUCGCGAUAUGGGCAAAAAUUAGUUGUCGUAAAUAGAUUUAGUCUUUAGCGUAAUGCAUAAGAAAAAAGAAGGAAAAACAAGAAGGAAAUUGGUGCGAACAAUGUGUAACGUUGCAAUGCAUCUCGUCCAAAGACUGCACGAUUGCGCCAGCGAUGAUAUUAUUUUAAUGACAUAUAAUAGGCACUUCGUUCAUACAUUGCAUGUAUGGGUGGUCGUGUCUGAGGAAAAAAGCAGCAAAUCAUUAUAAACAUAAACGAUGUAAUUAGCCUUUAAUUCGAGCGAUUUAACGCGCGUAAUUUGUCGUGUAAAAACUGUGUUCGUUUAAUUACGGAUAAUCCUCUCUUUCUUUAUAUCGAUCAAUAAUGUAAAUAAAUCAAAAACAAAAACAACGUCUGAACUCGAAGAUAAUUU